AUGUCGCCAUCAGUGCGCAUAGACGAUGACAAGCCUGCAGUGGCCUCGUCUGGUCCCGAAGCUGUCUCCUCACGGCGACCAGAGCUGCUCGAUCUCGACCUGGACGAACUCUCCCCGCUCCCACCAGCACAAGGAUUCUCCUCCAACAGCAGGCCUGCUUCCAUUGAGCGCCUUUCAAGUCUCAAACGUGAUGCUGCCUCUCGCCCAGAGCCGUUACAGGCUGUAGCACCCUCGCCUGCUCUGAGCGCCGCACCCUCAUCCUUCCGCUUGGAGGGUUCACCUGCAAGUUCUUCACAUCCCGUGGACACCUUCGACGAAUUGCCCUCUCGCGCACGACCCUCCAGCAACUACCAGGAAAAGCCUACAGCUCCUCCGGCAGAAGCAAGUCCAUCUCGACCAGAGCUUGACAUCAACACCAACCUCGAGCCGGAGCAAGUGCAGCAGCAACACCCGUCUCUAUAUCCAACUUCAGCACCGUCCGCUCGCUAUGUAACCGUAUCCGCCAUCCUAUCACGCUCAGAGAUGUAUUAUGCGCCCGAAACUUCUGAUCAGUGGGAUAUUCUCCGCUCGCCUCAUGCGUUACCAACAGAUGCACGCCAGUCACACGAUCCUUAUACCUCCGAGCAGUUCGGGAGCUCACGAAGAAGGAGGAGCCAACGCAAGCGACCCAGCAAUGGUAGUGCAAUCGAAGCGCUAGGCGCGCUGCUUCUGCGUAAGGACAGCUCCGGUAGAGUUGCGAACCUCUCGUUUGUCCGUGAGAACGAUGACAGUGGUGUCACGUUGAACAAAAGCAGAGAUCGAAGGCAGUCGCAGUCGACCAGCAGCAAGCGUGGAACUGCAUCUAAGCAAGGCCUACAGACCUGGACCAGCGCACUCGGCUCCUUCGGCAAGAAGAAACUUCGUCUUCAGCUACCGCAAUCAGCAUCGUCGCAAGCAUCUUCGUCUAGAAGCGGCGCGACCAUUGCCGAGCGCAGAGCACAAAUGUGGCACCAAGUCCUCACUCGACAAGGUGCUGUCGUAGAGGGCAAUCAUGACGGCUUCUCAAAGGUCCGCAGCAGACGCGGUGGACUUAGCUUCGAAGUCGGCAAAGUCAACCGCAAACAAACACCAUCCAGCCUGCUGCAACUCAACAACUACACACCUCACACCAGAGGCAAGCAGAGAUUGGAUUCGAGCGAAGAAAAAGGGCAGGAUGAGCCGCAAAGCAAGAAGCACCUGGACACAAAUGGCGCCAGCUCACCAGGCUUCGGCUUCGGCCGUCUACCUGACACGAUCGUGCUCAAAGCAGGACGUCGGCCAAAACUCACACAGACUUCCAAGUCGGAAUUUGGUAUCGGUUCUGCUUACCACGACCACACCCUUCCUGAGGCGCCUCCCAGUCCUGUUGCCAUGCCAGGAGCUUGGCAGGGUGGCUCUUCUUGGCGAUCCAAACCAGGCGAUGGCUACGAAGAGGGUGCACUGGUGCUACCACCGCCCUUGCUCGACGACCACGGCAGCGAUGCUUCCAGUUUCGAAGGCCUGCUCGGCGUACGUCGCAUGCGCGAGCGUGAAAAGGCAAGAAAGCAGGCCGAGAAGCUUGCCGCACGCAACCGUCCAGCCCACAAGGUGGGUCCUCUUACAGCUCUCACCAACUUCGUCAAAGCUGCACACGCUGCAGAGACAUCUGCGAAAUGCGCUCAAGGAUACCGACGCUUUGACCAGCCUCCAGCCUUUCUCCGGAGCUACACAGAGCCUGCUCAGCUGGUGCGAUCUAGAUCAGGCUCAGCUGGCAGCGCCUCCCGCAUCAAGAUUGAAAAAUCGCCCGUUGCAGGCCCGAACGGUAUUCUCGACGGUGAUGCAUCGUCCCCCUUGACCGCGAACGGCGCAGGUGCGAUACAAGCCGCUGAGACCGACACUCCCAUGCAAAUCAGGCUCGACGCAUCUCCUGCUACUGCUGCAGUAGCGUCCGACGUCGAGGUCCGCAAAAGCCCGGCAGUCACAUCAGCAAGCCCAUUCUUGUCCGCAGCAGCACGUCGAGCUGUCCCUUCACGCCGUGGAUCCCGCAACAACUCAGUCGAUGCCGCUGGUCGGCACCUGAAUACGGUCUUCGAGUCUGAACCUCUUGAUCCAAGCCAGAUCCCGGACGAUGAGCUUGCUUCACCGGAUCUGCCCCCGAUCUCUUCGCCACUGCUACGUCCUUCCUCAAGAGGUUCAAGCAAAUCGAAUGCAUUCCGCGACUUCCCAGCAGCACCACGCCUACUCCCAGUUCAGCUUUCUAUGCCUUCUUCCCCCUUCACACCAUUAGCACCGGACCAUCGCUCAAUGGGUCCACCGACUACCGCCAACGGCGACUACCUGUCUGCUCGUUACAUCCACUCAGCACCUCGAACGCCGCAGCUCCCACCGACCAUGCUCAGCUUGCCACCCUCACCCUGGACGCCAUACGGAGAACCUUCAGGCCUGCAUGCUCCGCCUAUGGUUCAUCUCCACCUCAAUACGAGCAGCUCGUCGCUGCGUCUGCCACCAGGCACGCCGAGGCUCGUGCCGACGCAUAUCGAAGUCCUCCCGUCACCCUUCCCCACUUCAGCUGCUUCCCGCCGCGGUUCGCUCACAUACGACAGUCCAUCAGGCUUGCGCGCGAUUGGUAGUGCUAGAUCACCUCUGACAGGAGCCACGACAGACUUCACCGCCUUUUCUGCUUUGCGCGAUGCGGAAACCGCCGACGCUGCUUCAAAGUCAGCAACGGAGGUCUCAAAAGUAGCAGAUGCGAAGCGUGGAAAGAGCAACGGCUCGCUUCGAUUGACACCUUCGUCAAUGCUAAUUGCAGCUCAAUCGAGGCAUGAUUUCGACACGGCAUCCGGUCAGAGAGAUGCAGGCGAUGCCGAAACACCGACAAGCUCAGGCCCAAAGGCGGCAAGAAAGAUCUCUGAUGGUACGAUCGAUCCCCAAAAGCAGCAUCGCCCGAGUCAAAGCACGAUCCAUGUCGACUCAUCUGGCCGCACACGCUCGUUCGUCCUGUGGUUCUUGAUUGGCGACUUGGGCCUUCGCAACAGGAGCCCGGCCAUCUCAGAAACGAUUGCGACCAGCAACGGAGCAGAUGCCGAAGCGGACUAUGGCGGGCUGGUCGCCAUCGUGUCACACACGUUCGGGUUGGUUGUCUUUAUUUUGGCGCAUCUGGUGGACCUCGCGUAUGCAACGUACGAGCGAGUGUCCCUAGUGCUAUGGUUCCUACGCUGGAUGGUGUACAAUCUCACCGGGCGAACUGUUCUUGCGCAAUGUGUCAUUGAAGCUUACGGCUUCAUUCAGGCAGAGUGGGCGACCGUCGCAGUCGAGGAUCACGAAGAGAAAGGACCUAAGAAGAAGGCCGACUCGCAAGGUCACAGAAAACCAAAGAGUUUGUCCCAAUGGCAGGUGAUGCGAGGUCUACUCGAGCUGUACUGCUUGCACAGCGUGACCCGAGAACGCUACCUCGCCGAAGGAGCUGGUCUGCAAGCGCUUGAGGGCUGGACGAGACCUUCGAGGCAAGACCACAACGACAGAGUACAUAAGCCACGAGGUCCAGACCGAGUCGAUAUCGGCGCUCAUCGUGCAGCGUCAAGAGCAGCAUUGGGGGAGAAGCGACGAAGCUGGGCUCAGCAAAAUGGAACGAGUGCUCUUUCAGACGACAACGACGACAACGAUGUUCAUGGCCAUCCAAAUGUUCAGGACUGGGCUGGGAACGGACAUGGAUGGUCGUCGCGGGUCGCCAAUGGUGACAACAGGGACGACAACGGUUUCAACCCCAAUGAAGAUAAUGAAGCGUACGGCGAAGAAGAAGAAGAAGAAGAAGAAGAAGAAGAAGAAGACGAGAGCAGCGAGGGCGAGAUGGUCGUCACGAAUCGCGGCGACGACAUUCUCGAGUUUGCAAAGACGCCGAGACUGGAUGCAGCGCGACCGGGUCAGGCGAGCACCGGCUACUUUGGACGUGUAUACGACUUUAUGACUUCUCCUCAAGUAGGUGCUUCUCAGCCUGGCGCUACGCACCACGACCUGCGAGCCUUCAAGGAGAGCAAUCGUGAUCUGGUGCGCACCAUCAAGUGGUGCGGUCGUCUUGCCAUCUCAGCUUACGGACUGCACGUUCACAUUGUUGAUCUGCCACCUACCUUCACACCGUCAGGUGACCGAUUUUCCCGUCAGACCUUCGCCUAUCUGUCGCGUCUCAACGCCGACGAUGUGCUGCAUGCCGACAUCCAGACGCUUGACGCCGAUGCCGACUACAGCCCGACUUUCUACGUCGUGCGAGACUACAUUCGCAAGGUGGUCUGCGUCGCGGUGCGUGGAACGCAAUCCUUCUCAGACAUCAUCGUGGAUCUCGAGCUGCAGACGGAAGAAAUUGAGCUUCCGCAGGUGCAGCCUACGCCCGGGGAAGAAUUCCGAUGCCACGCCGGUAUCUGGCGUGCUGCCAAGGCGCUCGUCUCACCGCAGAGCAAGCUGUUCGCUACCCUUCGUCAGGCGCUUGCCGAGAACGAAGGCUUCGGCGUCAUGUUCUGUGGCCACUCGUUAGGGGGCGCCAUCGCCAGUGCCGCUGCGCUGCUGCUCGCCGAGUACUUCAUUCCCGAUGGCGCCGAGCCUGACUCGGGCACAUGGGUGACCAAUAUGUCCUCAGGCCUGCCCGCUCGUAGACCUAUCCGCGCUGUCAGCUUUGCGAGCCCAGUCACGAUGACUGCUGAUCUGGCGACGCGUGCGGCGAUGGGGUCAGUGCCGCUCGUAACAACUGUAGUGCUUGGCAGCGAUGUCAUUCCGCGUGUAGGGCACGGACAGGUACGAGAACUUCGUCGUGUGCUCGGAGCUCUGGCACGUGUACGACGCCGUCAUGCAAUGGCAUCGUCAGAGGGUCAAGACGAUGCACACAUUCACAUCUUGCGAAGCUACUGGGACUGGCGAUCGAUCAGCAUGGCCGAGGACGCAGACGACGUGAUGCUGCAUAGAAAGGAGCGGAUCGAGGAGCAGCUAUGGUCGUUGCGUCGCGAAGUGGAAAGUGAUCUAUACGCAGCCAUCAAAGCACGACUGGAUACUGAUAGCACGGCAGGAUCUCGCAUCCCACCUUCGCCAUGGGUCGGGCCUCAACAGCGAGACGAAGCACCGCUGCAUGCAUUAGCGACAAGAAGGCAGGAGCUAGAUUCAGCCACUUUGCGCUCAGAAGCAGCACAGGGUGGACCCUUGAUACCGCCGGGACGUUGCAUCUGGAUCAACAAUAAGCAGGUCUACCACGUCGAGAGUCCUCUGGCCUUCUUCAGCUUGCCAGAGUUGCGCAGCGACAUGUUUGCGGCUCACUUUCCUGCGGCGUACGAAGAGGCUAUUCUGGAGUUGCGGACCUAA